AUGGACCAAGUCAUCUUGUGGUCACUCAUCUUGGGCCUUGUCCUUGCCUCCUCUGUUCCGUUGUUGCUGCGGGGCAAAACGGGACAAGAGACUGGAUUGGAAGUCACUCAGCUCUAUGUAUAUCCAGUGAAGGGCAUAAGAGGAUGUGCUCUAGAUAAAGCACGUCUCGGUCCUUUCGGGUUCGAGGGCGACAGGACAUUUUGUCUCCAAAGGGUUCGCAGGGAUGCCGACUCGAAUAUCACUUAUGCGACACUGCUCAUUGGAUAUGAACUCAAGCUUGCGCUCUUCCAGGCUUCGAUUGAUUACGACAAGAGCGAAGUAACCAUCAAAUGGCACACGAACAAGAGUGAAGACAACAUUCAUUUCCCCCUCAAACCUUCUGUCGAGGGUCGCCCGAUAAUUGAAGCCAGUCUGCAUGCGAGCAAUACCAAAGCGUACGACAUGGGCGAUAAUUUGUCAGGGUGGUUCUCAGACCGCAUCGGCCACGAAGUUCGAUUAGUCUAUAUCGGCGAUGGAUCAAGGGCUGUCCACGGAUCGGUGGCUCCUCAUAGCUCUGACGCAUUGCAAAAGAGUUCGCUUACCCAACGGAUCAAGAACAGUAUUCCGUCCCUGGCACACGAACCCGAGCGGCUUGCUUUUAAUGACAUUGCUCAUUAUUUGGUGGUCACGGAAGAAUCCAACAAUGAGUUAUCGUCGCGCCUGUCAGAAGGUUACUCAAUGGAUAUCACCAAGUUCCGACCCAACAUCGUCGUUCGAGGCGCAUCUAAGCCAUUCGCCGAGGAUUACUGGGGAGAAUUGUCAUUUUCCGGUGGAGUCCGAAUGGCUUUGACAGCGAACUGCUUCCGAUGCCAGAGCAUCACUGUCGAUUACGAAACGGGAAAGACAGCGACUGACGAACGAGGUUUGGUGUGGAAGAAACUGAACAAAGACCGAAGAGUGGACAAGGGCGCAAAAUACAGUCCUGUCUUUGGACGGUACGGAUUCUGCUACGGUGAUGAUACAAGCAAGUCGGUGUCAAUUGGGCAACAAGUUGAUGUCACCAAGGUCAACAAGCAGCGAACGACGUUUGACUGGCCGUGUCUUAGCACCUUUGGCGUUUCUCAAACGACAUACACCUAG